CAGCUGCAGGGCUUGGGCAUCACCACCGUCACGGCCGAGCACCCCGAGGUAUUUACUAUUGAAGAAAUGAUGCCGUAUGUCCAACACAUGAAAGGAGGUCACAGUAAAAACCUUUUUCUUAAAGACAAAAAGAAGAAAGGGUUCUGGUUGGUGACUGUUUUACAUAACAGGCAGAUUGAUUUAAAUGAUCUGGCAAAAAAACUGGGAGUUGGGAGCGGAAAUUUAAGAUUUGCUGAUGAAAAUGCCAUGUUGGAAAAAAUAAAAGUGGGCCAAGGAUGCGCAACACCGCUAGCCCUCUGUGACCAAGGAGAUGUGAAGUUUGUACUGGAUGCUGGCUUUCUGGAGGGUGGCCAUGAAAAGGUGUAUCUUCAUCCGAUGACAAAUUCUGCAACCAUGGGAUUAAGCCCUGAAUAUUUUCUGAAGUUUGUGAAGUCAACAGGACAUGACCCAAUAAUCAUACAUUUUGAUGAAAAUAUUAAGUAGAUAAAUGUCAUAUUUUUACUGCUAGACAUAGAUUUUAUAGAACAAAACUAGCGGAAGUUGCAUUACAAAUACAAUUUGA